UCACACUAAUUGAAUUUGCCUCUUGUUCUUUAUUCUUCACUAAAGUGAAUCAACCAACCUUAAUUGCAAGAUGAUUUUGCUGCACAAUCGAUAGUGGAGAAGAAAAGAAAGAUGCAUUGAAAAGAAAGGGAAUUAGGUUUCAGAAAAGAAAAUUUCUUUACCCACCUCCCUAUGGGGGUCACCCCCAGCGAAAUCCCAAAAUUACCCCUGCUUCGGAGAUGCAUCUCCGAAGUUAUUUUUUUUAAAGAUUUUUCAUACAUUUCGGAAAUGCAUCUUCGAAAACACCAAAAAAGUGGUAUUUUCGGAGAUGCAUUUCCGAAGUAAAAAAAAUUCAAAACCGUGAAUACUUCGGAAGUUCAUUUCCGAAAACAUUUCUGCAUAUAUAAUUUUCCCUCCUUCACUAUUUCAUCAUUUUUUCUCCAAAACUUCUCCAAACCCUCUCCAAAACUCAAUCAAUCUCCAUCCAUUUUUCAUCUCAAAAUCAAGUUUCAAACCGUUGAUCACGUUAAAGGGAGCAUAGAAAGCUACAAUUUGAGGUAUGGUGCAUCCGGACAACAUUGUGCAAGACGAUGACGCAGUAGUUCCAGAAGUUGUCAAUGUUAAUAACGAUCCGGUUAUCGACGUUAAAUCUAUGAUCAAUGCGGUUGAUGUUCGGCAAUAAUUUACAAAUAAUCGGAGCUUUGGUAGUCGCGAACAAUUGAUUGAUUGGGUUCGGAACGAAGCUAGUAAAUUUGGAUUUGGAAUUGUUAUUUUAAGGUCCGACAAAGGAAAUAGUAGGCGGAAAGCUUUCGUUGUUUUGAAUUGCGAACGGGGUGGGAGUUAUGCACAAUCAAACCGGGUGCUAAAACACGAAGACACGAGAUCGAGAAAGUGCGGGUGUCCGUUUAAGUUACGCGCGACUCGGAGGGUUGAUGAUUUGUGGCGUUUAACCGUAAUUUGUGGAAUUCAUAAUGAUGCCUUGGAUGCCAAGUUACACAGACAUCCAAUGGCAUGUCGUUUGUCCCGCGAAGAGAAUAAUGUGAUUUCGGAUUUAACGAUAGUCAAAGUGGCGCCUCGCAACAUACUUGCCGAUUUGAAGCGUAAAAACCGGAUAGCGUUUCAAAUAUCAAGCAAGUUUACAAUGAACGACACAAUCUCAAAGUUUUGAAAAUGGGCCCUCGGUCGGAAAUGCAACAACUUUUGAAACUAUUAGGCGAUAACAAAUAUGUGUCAAGCUUCCGAAUGUCCGAGGACAAAGUUACGGUGCGUGAUAUUUUUUGGACUCAUCCCGAAAGUAUCAAAUUAUUCAACACAUUUCCAACCGUUCUUGUCAUGGAUUCGACAUACAAGACAAACAAAUAUAGGCUUCCUCUUCUAGAGAUAGUCGGUAUGACCUCGACAGACAAGACUUAUUCGGUCGGGUUUGCUUUUUUGGAGUCUGAAAAAGAAGAAAACUUUACAUGGGCUUUGGGAAUAUGCAAGUCUUUGUUAGUUGAUCAAAAGGUUAUGUCAAACGUCAUUGUCACCGACCGGGACAAUGCUUUGAUGAAUGCGGUCGAUACCGUCUUCCCGACAUCUACCGCGUUACUUUGUCGGUAUCACAUAACUUGCAACGUGAGAAGUAAGUUGAAACCCGCGGUUGGGACAAAAGAUAGGCCGGAUGAAAAAGGUAAAGUUAUCAAAGUCGGUGUUGUGGUUGAUAGGAUAAUGGCGGCAUGGAGGGAAAUUUUAGAUGCAUACUCCGAAGAGGUGUAUACCGAGAAAUUGGUACACUUUAGGUCUUUGUGUGGUUCCAUUAAGACUUUUUGUCAUUACGUCGAAUCCACCAUUCUUGACAAAGUCAGAGAAAAAGUCGUGUGCGCUUGGACAAAUCGAGUUAGACAUCUUGGUUGUACCACGACUAACCAAGUUGAAUCCGCACUUGCGGUCUUCAAGAGGUGGUUGGGUGAUAGCAAGGGAGAUUUGUGUCGGGGAUGGGACACCGUGAACCAAAUGCUUGAAAAUCAACACAAUGAAAUUUAAACAUCGUUCGGUCGGAGCAAGACGGUUAUGGAAUACCGGUAUAAGGGUCAAAUUUUAUUCUCCCAAUUGAAUUACAACAUAUCCCGAUCGAGUUUGAAUUUUUUGUUUUAUGAAGCGAAGCGGUCGGAGACCACGGGGCCGGAUACUUCUUUAUGUGGGUGUACCAUUAGAAAGACAUACGGCCUUCCAUGUGCUUGGAUACUUUCAAAAAAGAAGAAGUUGAAUUCACCAAUACGCAUGGAUGAGGUAGCCGACCAUUGGAAGAAGCUUCGUUUUGAUGAUUUUGACCCGCCAAAAGAAAAUGACUCCAAAAUCACCAUCUCCGACGAGUUGGAAGUGAUAAUGGAGAAGUUUGCUAAAGCGGAUGACACAAUGAAAAUGCACAUAAAAGAACAAUUGCGAAAAAUUGCAUUUCCGGAGACCACCGAUUUGAAACCGCCAUCUCAACCAGUUAAAACGAAAGGUGCACCGAAAAAGUCCAAAAUUACACAAGAAGACACAUCAACAAAACGAUCUCCUUCCUACUUUGAACAUGUUGAUGCAUCAUUCCCGGAUUCACCGACACCGAAGUCCAAGUGUAGUGAUUAUAAAGGAGCCCGUAUUUCGAAGCCACCUCGCACACCGCCGAUCAAAAAAUCACCCAUUGUCUACAUUGAUGAGAUGCCACUUUUUAUGCACAAAUAUAUCUAUAAUAUCGUUGAUGUUGGAGGCGAUGGCAAUUGUGGAUAUCGGGCCGUUGCGGAUUUGCUCGGUAAAGGGGAAAAUAAUCACACUUUAGUCCGACGGGAACUUAUUAUGGAGUUGACUUCGUAUCGGGACAUCUACGACCGACUAUAUGAAAAUCAAGAAAAGUUUACGAAAAUUCAUGAUUCACUUGUUCCAUCACUUACCGGUAUCGCUCCGGUUUCGAAGUGGAUGUCAUUCCCCGAUAUGGGUCAUCUAAUAGCAAGUGAAUAUGUUAUGGUGUGUGUCGAUUUGACGAGGUUUGGACUAAGUGAGACUUUCUUUCCACUUCAUAGUCGACCGCCAUUGGACGCGUCGAGCCGCAUCAUAUGCAUCGGGUAUCUACGAUCGCGACACUUCGUCCAAGUGUUUUUGAAACCGGGGUGUCCUAUACCGGCUACUUCUUGUCAAUGGACGGCACAUCGUUCAAAUGAGGCGGAGACUUGUCCGGAUCCUUUCGUUUCAAGAAUGGCGGAGUUUGAAGAAAUGAUGAGCCAAGAGCGCGAGAAAAAUAGAGAGCGGUCAAAGAACAUACCUAUUUUGGACUUAGGAUCCACCGAUUGGUUCCGUGAAUUUUAGUUUGUUCCGGAUCGUUUUUUGUUU